CCAGCUGCACCCCAUACUUCGGCAUCGUCUGGGGGAUAUCGGAGAAGGAAAACAGGAAAGAAGCUGAAAAAUGUAGCAGAGCUGAUCUUUUAGUCCCAAGAAAAGUCACCUAGAGAUCUCCGGGGUGCUUUUAUCUGCGCUGCUUGGGAAGUCUUGAUUUCUCACCCAGUUUAAAACAUUUUGUUGGGGUGCCUGUGUGUGCUUGCAUCCCUUUUCCCUCUCAACGAUCUCAAAGGUCCCUUCCAACCAUGAAUAUUUUGCAAUUCUCUGAUCUGCGUUGUCAUCUUGAAGCGAUGGGCGUCUCUAAUUAAUAAUGAGGCUCUUGUUUUCAAACCCCGUUGGUGACUGGGAAGCCCUUGGACUCUCCCAGCUUUUCGAGUGACGAAGAGGAAGGAGCCCAAAGAGGAAGGAGCCCGCGAUGGCCGAGAAGUGCGACUGCAUCGCCAGCAUGUACGGGUACGACCUGGGUUGUCGCUUCGUUAAUUUUCGCCCUUUGGGUUUUGGGGCCAACGGGUUGGUGCUCUCAGCCCUCGACAGCAAGAGCUGCCGUAAAGUGGCCGUGAAGAAGAUCACCAUCGGCGACGCGCGGAGCAUGAAGCACGCGUUCCGGGAGAUCAAGAUCAUCCGUCGCCUGGAGCACGAUAACAUCGUGAAGGUGUACGAGGUGUUGGGGCCCAAGGGGACCAACCUUCGUGGGGAUUUCUUCAAGUUCAACAUGUUCAACAUGGUCUACAUCGUCCAGGAGUACAUGGAGACGGACCUGGCGCGCUUGCUGGAGCAGGGGAAGCUCGCCGAGGAACACGCCAAGCUCUUCAUGUACCAGCUGCUGCGGGGGUUGAAGUACAUCCACUCAGCCAACGUCCUCCACCGCGACCUCAAGCCGGCCAAUAUCUUCAUCAGCACGGAGGACCUGGUGCUGAAGAUCGGUGAUUUCGGGCUGGCCAGGAUCGUGGAUCAACAUUACUCCCACAAGGGUUACCUCUCAGAAGGCUUGGUGACAAAAUGGUAUCGCUCCCCUCGCCUCCUCCUCUCGCCCAACAACUACACCAAAGCCAUCGACAUGUGGGCGGCCGGCUGCAUCCUGGCCGAGAUGCUGACAGGAAGGAUGCUCUUUGCUGGGGGUCACGAGCUGGAACAGAUGCAGCUUAUUCUGGAGACGAUCCCCGUGAUCCACGAGGAGGACAAGGAGGAGCUGCUCAAAGUCAUGCCCACGUUCAUCAACAGCACCUGGGAAGUGAGGAAGCCGCUGCGCAAGCUGCUCCCUGAAGUGGACAGUGAAGCUAUUGAUUUCCUGGAGAAAAUAUUGACUUUUAACCCUAUGGAUCGAUUGACGGCCGAGAUGGGUCUGCAGCAUCCUUACAUGAGUCCCUAUUCCUGCCCCGAGGAUGAACCGGUGUCUCAGCAUCCCUUCCGGAUUGAGGAUGAGAUCGAUGACAUCUUACUCAUGGAAGCCAACCAGAGCCAGAUGUCUAACUGGGACAGGUACCACGUCAGCCUCUCCUCCGAUUUGGAAUGGAGACACGAUAAAUACCACGAUAUGGAUGAGGUUCAGCGGGACCCCCGGGCGGGGUCGGAAUCCAUCGCGGAAGAAGCACAAGUUGAUCCGCGGAAAUACUCCCAGAGCAGCUCAGAGAGGUUUUUGGAAUUAUCCCACUCAUCCAUGGACCGAGUUUUUGAUGCCGAUUGCGGGAAAUCGUGUGAUUACAAAGUGGGGUCACCUUCCUACUUGGACAAAUUGCUGUGGAGAGACAAUAAGCCCCAUCAUUACUCGGAGCCCAAGCUGAUUUUAGAUUUAUCCCACUGGAAAAGAGCAACCAUAGCACCCGCAGCUGAGCUAUCGCUGGAAGAAGAACCAUCCAACCUCUUUCUGGAGAUUGCUCAGUGGGUGAAGAGCACCCAGGUGGGUCUGGAGUGUCCUAGUCCUCUUCCAGAGAUUCAGGAACGGAGCCUGCCGUCUUCUCCUCACCAUCUCCACAAAGAACCCACGGAGGUGAACAAUGAGACAGACCCCGAGUUUGACUUGGACGUCUUCAUCUCCAGGGCGUUGAAACUUUGCACAAAACCCGAGGAUCUUCCAGACAACAAGCUCAAUGACAUCAACGGGGCCUGCAUAUCCGAGCACCCCGGUGAGAUUGUACAAACAGAGGUGUACCAGAAAGAAAGAUGGUGAGGAACCCACACCUGGGAAACCCCCUGCUGUAUCUCCCUGUUCCUCUCUGAUGGUGUGGCCGUUGCCCGGGGCCAAGGUGGCUUCCGUCUGUCAUUGAGCAUCCAUUUUUUUACGCUCUACCGAAUGCCUUUUUCUGAAAAGGCGAGCACAAACCACAUGCCCCUUUUGAUGCCUUAGAAAUAACCUUUAAGGGAAUCAAGAGGUGUGAACGAAAUACUGAGUUUCUUAUACUGCCUUAACACUCUUGCCUUGCAAUCUCUGGGACCUGUUUGAAACUUAAAUGUCCGAGGGAAAGGUGACGGUACGUGGUAAGUUUGCAAACAGAAGUCAAAUCAACUUCUUUUCCUUUCUUUUUCUAUAGCGUCUUAAAAUGACAAGGACAAAAAUCAGCAGUUUCAUUACGGUCAGAUAACCUCUCCUGGUUUGACGGGUUCCCCAAAAACACCAAACUUUGAGCUCCUCUGAGUACAGGUGGUUCGGAGAGAAGCGAUGGAGGUGGCGUCCGUGGUCAACCGUCAGUCAGCGGAGAACAGAACUAGAGGUAGAGUUUGGCCAUCAGACAGAACCCUUGGAGAGUGUUAAUGGGGAAGGAAUUUGACCUCAAAAAAAAAACAUGGGCCACUUGGGAUUUUAUUUUUUCUGAUUGGAAGGCAAAAUUUUUGCUGAGUGCAUUCUCUUUGUUUGGUUCCUCACACAUAAGUUCUCCCUUCUGUUGCACGGAGGAGAUCUCCGAGUUCCGUAGGAGGCCCCGUACGACGCAUUUUCAACACAAAAACCUGGUGCUGCAAGUCCUGUCUCGGGCAGCUGCCCAGCAGACCAGCAAGUUCUGGUGGUAAGGGCUGGACAGGAGUCGAGAGGUAGAAACAGGGUGUCUCGGGGUGUGAUGGUGCCUGGCACCACCGGUAACACAGACCCAGCGAGGGCACCCACCUUUGUGAAUAAAAAAAAAGAGUGAAAAUACUACUAUUUUACCUUCUUCUGACAAAGAUGCUGUGAAGAAAAACAACAUUAGAUUCAUAACUGGCCACCUCUUUGCUUCCAGCUUCUUUGGAAGAUGCCGGUGUAAAUAGAGACAAACACAACUGAUCUACUGUAACUUCUGUUUUCAGCCACACUUCUGAGCACCUUAGUAAUUAAUCAGCUAACAUGAGUUUGUAUAUGGAAGAAGAAAUGUUCUAUACUUAUAUUUAAUCAAACCCGCCGGUUUUUUUAAAGUGGAAAACCUGUAAAUAGUGUCAUAAAAGCCAAAUCUCUGCUUUCCUCGCCGUCGUGUCCCUGUGCUCUCCAGCGCAGCGGCGUUCCUUGCAUCUGUAAAAGAGAAACUACUGUAAUUAGUAACUCUAAAGUCCAUAUUUAACUAUUGUUCCUUAUACAAAUUAUUUCUACCCUUUUAACAAGCAAUCUACUAAGUGUUCUGAGGUGUGAAGAAACCCGACGCGAGACUCGGGAUGAUAACUAACAGCAGCAUUGACUGUAUUGACCCUGGUUUCUGCUCUUGGUGGGAUCAGGUACAGGUUUAGCUGUAGGAGAGCUUGUGCUAGGCACUGACAAACCCAAAAACUUCUUCUUACUGUGAAGAUCUCUCCUUAGGUUGAUUGAAAUGCCAUUACUGCAGCGUAGAUUUGCAUGGAUGGGACGGGGCGGAAGCCCUGGGGCAGGGGUGGAGAAGGCAAAGCCAUUGGAGAAGGCAGCUGGAAGGCAAAGCCAUUGGAGAGGGCAUCUGGAAGGUCAAGCCAUUGGGCUCUGGUCUUUGCUUCGAGUGUUUGGACGUCCCCCACAGCAGUUUAGAGCGGGGAGACAAGGGAGAAACAGAGGGUUGGUUUCCAGUGUGUUGUAGAUUAUUUGAUAUACCUCAACUAAAGCUCAGCACUUUUACUCAUGGUGGAAGAAAUUCAGGCACCCAAGAAGUGGCCCCCGUGGCGGAGCGGAUCC